AUGGGCGUGACACUAAGAACCUUGUGGUUGCUGGGUCUGAGCUCUGCGGCCUCGGCCAAGGCGUUCGAACCUUUGGAGCAUUUAGGUGCUAAUUCUCCAUGGUUUGCGGGGCCCAACGUCAACAAGAUUGCAUCUACUGUCCCCGAAGAAUGCUCCGUGGACCAGGCUAUUUACAUUGUCCGUCACGGCAGCAGAUACCCUGACCCUGGUGCCUACCAGGAAUGGGAGGACCUUCACAAUGCGUUCCAAUCCGCCGAGUAUCGCGCUACCGGGUCGCUGAGCUUUAUCUCCGACUGGAGUCCGGUGCUUAGGCACCCCGACCAAGAAAUUAGUCAGUUGUCCAUUACUGGCUAUAAGGAGCUGAUAAUACUCCUUUCUUGCUGUGGGCGAACGACUAUCAGCGAACCAUUGAUUCCGCGAGUGGUUAAUAUGGUGAACAGACUCUUCGCUCGCGGUUAUCUGGGCCCCAAUGCUUCUUACGGUGACGUUUAUGUUGUCGAUGCAGAUGCCUCGGGUGCUGCUGGCAACUCCUUGGCUACCUCUGACCAGUGUCCCAACUUUAAGGAUGCCAGUGGAGGUGACCAGAUCACUGAAUGGCAAGAUAUCUAUCUUCCUCCCAUCACCAAACGCCUCAAUGGAAAACUCUCUGGAAAUCUCACUCUCACGGAUGACCAGGUCUCUUUGUUCCCUUACCUGUGUGGGUUUGAGACGCAGAUUACCGGCCAGGUCAGCCCGUGGUGUGAUGUGUUCACUAAGAAAGAGAUCCUAGAAUACGAAUAUGCUCAGGAUCUGCGCUACUACUACGGCACAGCUGAGAAGGGCAACGAUACCCUGCAGUUGCCUCCGCUGGUGGUGGCCUUCACCCAUGAUAACCAGCUUAACGAACUGGCUUCUCUCUUGGGUGUCUUUGAUGACCAGAAACCGCUCGCCUCGAACAAGAUGGAUCAGGAUAGGAUCUACGUUAGCAGCAAUGUGAAUCCUAUGCGUGGGACCAUCGCUUUCGAGCGUCUCACUUGCACAUCAGGCGGGCAGAGCACGGCUAACGUCCGGAUCUUGCUGAACGAUGCCGUGUACCCUAUCCCGUCUUGCCGCUCGGGACCUGGAAGCAGCUGCCCGGUUGACCAGUACGUCCAGUACGUGGCGCAGAAAAGGAAGCAGUACGGGUCGUUCGCCUCGGUUUGCGGCCUCCCUGAGAAAAACAUCACGACCGCCGGUGCCGACGGAUCAGUGACCUUCUUCACAGAUCUCACACUGCCAUUCCUGCGCGUGGUCAAACCUUGA